ACCUGGAUAAUCUCGAGUGAUUGUAAGUGUGAUGAUCAUCUGCUAAAUGAGCAACAACGACCACAAUUCACUCCUUCAGUCAGUGAAGCUCCCACAGCCGUUCAUGAGAGUUUAAAUGCUGGGGAAUAUUCCCAUCUUCCCACAGGAGAAGAAGAAGCAAGCAGGAGGAAUUACUCCAGGAGAAACUACGGACAUACUAUUGUAAAGAUGGAGAUUAAGGAAGAACCCUGCAGAAUAAAAGAUGAAGAUACAGAGGAACAAAUAGACCGGAUGGAAGUGAAUGAAGACAAACACCAUCAUUUCACAAAUGAAGAAGGCAAACUGACAUAUAAAAAUGAAGACAAACAUCUGUUACAAAAACCUCAUCAUUUCAAAAAUGAAGAAGGAAAUGCAGUCGUUUCAAAGACUGAAGAGAUUUUCACACAAAAACAAGCUGGAAAAUCUGGAGUCAAAAGAUCUUUCACCUGCUCUGAGUGUGGAAAGAGUUUCAUUCAGAAAGGAAAUCUUAAUCUACACAUGAGAAUUCACACUGGAGAAAAACCAUUCACAUGCUCUCAGUGUGGAAAGAGUUUCACUCAGAAAAGAAAUCUCAGAGAUCAUCUGCGCCGUCACUCUGGAGUGAGAUCAUUCAGCUGUGAUCAGUGUGAUAAAACAUUUGUUUUUGAAUCAGGCUUAAGAAGACACCUUAAUGUUCAUGCUGCUGUGAAGCCUCACUUUUGUUCUGUAUGUGGAAAGAGUUUUUCACAUCUCGUAUCUUUAAAAUUGCAUGAGCGUAUUCAUACUGGUGUGAGACCUUAUGUGUGCUCUGACUGUGGAAAGACCUUUAUUAUAUCCUGCAACUUAAGAAAACACCAGAGAGUUCAUACUGGAGAGAAGCCGUACAAGUGUUCACACUGUGGAAAGAGAUUCUCUCGGUCAGGACACCUGAAAGCUCACGAGAGAGUUCAUACUGGAGAGCAUCUAAUGGAAGUGAAUGAAGACAAACAGCAUCAGUUUCAAAAACCUCAUUAUUUCACAAAUGAAGAUGGAAAUGCAGUCGUUUCAAAGACUGAAGAGAAUUUCACACAGAAACAAGCUGGAAAAUCUGGAGUCGAAGGAUCUUUAACCUGUUCUGAGUGUGGAAAGAGUUUUGUAUCUAAAUCAAAGCUGAACACACACAUGAUGAUUCACACUGGAGAAAGGCCUUAUACAUGCACUCAGUGUGGAAAGAGUUACAGACAUAAAGGACACCUAAAUGAUCACAUGAGAAUUCACACUGGAGAAAAACCGUUCACUUGCUCUCAGUGUGGAAAGAGUUUCAGUCAAAAAAGUAAUCUCAAUGACCAUUUGUACUCUCACUCUGGAUUGAGAUCAUUCAGCUGUGAUCAGUGUGAUAAAACAUUUGUUUAUGAAUCAGGCUUAAGAAGACACCUUAAAGUUCAUACUGGUGUGAAGCCUCACUUUUGUUCUGUAUGUGGAAAGAGUUUUUCACAACUUGGAUCUUUAAAACAGCAUGAGAGUAUUCAUACUGGUGUGAGACCUUAUGUGUGCUUUGACUGUGGAAAGACCUUCACUUCAUCCAGCAACUUAAAAACACACCAGAGAGUUCAUACUGGAGAGAAACCGUACAAGUGUCCACACUGUGGAAAAAGUUUCACUCAGACAGGAACCCUGAAAGAUCAUGAGAGAGUUCAUACUGGAGAGAAACCGCACCAGUGCUCUUCAUGUGGGAGAAGUUUCAGCCAUUUUUCUGCUCUAGUGCGACAUGAGAAAAAGCAUUGUCCGAAGUUGUCUAAAGCCUAG